AUGGCCCCAAUUUCGCUACAAUCUACUUAUAAGCUGGUCUCGGGCUACGAGAUCCCAGUAGUUGGAUUCGGAGUGUACCAAACUCCCUCGGAUGUCACUGAGAAAGUCACCCGCAAGGCUAUUGAGCUCGGAUACCGCCAUGUCGACAGUGCCAAAGUCUACGGCAACGAACUAGAGAGCGCCAACGCCAUUCGCGGUUGUGGUCUUGACCGGUCGAAGAUCUUCUAUACUAGCAAGGUGCCCUCAAAAUGCAUGGGAUACGAGAAGGCCAAGAAGGCAAUCGAGGAAAGCAUUGCUGCGGCCAACCUUGGAUACAUUGACCUCAUGUUGAUUCACGCACCCUUUGGCGGCAAGGAAGACCGCCUCGGCACAUGGCGCGCACUCGUGGAAGCCCAGAAGGCUGGUUACAUCCGGUCGCUGGGUGUGUCUAACUUUGCUAUCCAGCAUCUCGAGGAGCUGGAAGAGUACAUCAAGAGUGGAGCGGGUGGACAAAUUACUGUCGGCCAGUACGAGAUCCACCCGUGGUGCCCCCGUGACGACAUUGCGGAGUGGUUGCAGAAGCGCAACAUCGUUGUCGAGGCAUACUCUCCUCUUGUGCAGGCAACUCGCAUGAAGGAGCCAGUUCUGCAGAAUCUCGCUAAGAAGCACGGUAAGACCGAGGCUCAGAUCUUGGUCCGCUGGAGCUUGCAGAAGGGAUACGUGCCCCUGCCUAAGUCAGUGACCGAGUCUCGCAUUCUUGAGAACUCGCAGGUCUUCGAUUUCACACUGUCGGAUGAGGAUAUGGCUACCCUGAAGCUCAACACCUACGAGCCCGUGUGCUGGGAUCCCGUCCGGGAGUGCAAGAUCUGA